AUGCCCUCUAGCACCGCCGACCAUGGGCUGCGCUUACACCAACUACACAGUGGGGGAGGACAUCUCUCGCAACACCACCAUCAGCAGCAGCAGCAACAGCAGCAGCAACAACAACAGCAACAGCAGCAGCUACAGCAACAGCAACAGCAACAACAGCACCAGCAACACCAACUCCACGGCCAGCAGCAACAAUUUAACAUAAACAGCAAUGUUCAGCAGGCUUACGCCGCGGCCGCAGCUGCAGCCGCCGCAGCAGCAGCAGCCGCCGCGGCCGGCGGUGGCGUCAAUGGGGCCAACGGUGGCACAGGAGUCGGAUAUGGAGGUGGCGGAUACAACAGCACCGGUGGAACGAACGCGGCCGCAGCAGCCGCGUCGCUUGUAGUGGAUACGUUCGCGGCAUACGCGGCAGCGGCCACCUCUUCAGCGGUGCAGGCCGGCGCGAGCGGUUCCGUGCCGCCUCCUUACGACACGGCGGCAACGAGCAGCAACUACGUAGCGGACAGCACGACACCGGCAGCGUCCAGCACGACGCCGUCGACGGCCGCGGCCACGUCCACUUACGGCGGUGACAUGGAAGUGUCGUCAGUGGCGGCCGUUGCGUCUGGAGCGCAGGACAACUUGAUGGCCGGCGUUUCCGGUUCUACGGCCGCUGUUUCUUCGGCAGCAGACGCCGUACAGAUCAGUGAACUGCUGAGCAAGACCAUCGCAGACGCUCACGCCCGCACGUGUUUCUACACUCUCGACCAGAUACACGAUGGCAUGUACCGAACAGCUACCAUGGCGGCGGCCAACAAGACGACUGCCGACAAAUUGAUAAUGUACAAGACCAUGCCUCACGAGGAGCUAUGGUUGGAGUGUGCGCAAAAGUUGACGUCAGUCAUUCAGCAGAUUAUUGAGUUUGCAAAAAUGGUGCCCGGCUUCAUGAAACUAUCGCAAGACGACCAGAUCGUGUUACUCAAAGCGGGAAGUUUCGAGUUGGCAGUGUUAAGGAUGUCCCGACAUUAUGACUUACACCGAGACUGCGUUUACUACGCAGAUGCCCUGUUGCCAGCCGACGCGUUUUACACGCAAGACACAGUCGAAAAGAAACUGGUCUCGUUGGCUUUCGAAGUGAGCCGUUCCGUGGCUUCGUUGAAACUUACUGAAACCGAGCUGGCCCUGUACUCGGCCGUUGUGUUGCUGUCGCCAGACCGGCAAGGCUUGAAAGGCACCGUGGAGAUCGGUCGCCUUAGACAGGCCAUUUUGCGUGCUCUGCGCAUGGAGCUCGACCAUAGGACCGCGGGUGGCAAAAAUGCCACCACCGUCGAUCUGCAACAUCAACAGCAGCAUCAUCAACAGCAGCAACAGCAGCAGAAUCAAGUGUGCGAUGCUCUCAUACAAAAGAUCCCGAUACUCAGGCAACUGGGAAUGCUGCACAUGGAAGCGUUGGCCAAGUUGCGACGUACGGUGCCGCACUUGGAGUUCCCGGCCCUACACAAGGAACUGUUCUCGGUUGACGGCAGUUGA